AUGCAUUGCGCUGCAGAAGCCGAGAACCUCGUCAUCAUCGGGUCUGGGCCAGCGGGAUACACAGCUGCAAUCUAUGCUGCUCGUGCGAAUCUCAAACCGGUGGUUUUUGAGGGUUUCCGAAAUGGCCGGGGAGGACAGCUGAUGACAACUACUGAGGUUGAGAACUUCCCAGGCUUCCCGGAGGGCAUCACUGGUCCCGAUUUGAUGGACCGGAUGCGCAAGCAGGCGGAGCGCUGGGGCAGCGAGCUCCACACGGAAGACGUGGAGGAGGUCGAUCUGUCGGUACGGCCCUUCCGGAUCAAGUCUACGGAGCGGGAGGUUCGCGCGCACUCGGUCGUCAUCGCCACGGGCGCCUCCGCCAAGCGCCUGGGGCUGCCUUCAGAGCCCACCUUUUGGAGCCGCGGGAUCAGCGCCUGCGCCAUCUGCGACGGAGCCUCGCCGCUGUUCAAGGGCGGUGAGGUGGCGGUGGUGGGCGGUGGGGACAGCGCCACAGAGGAGGCCAUCUACCUGACCAAGUACGCUAAGCACGUUCAUCUCCUGGUCCGCGGACAGCAGAUGAGGGCCUCCAAGGCCAUGCAGGACCGCACGCUGGCCAACCCGCGCGUCACGGUGCACUUCAACACGGGAGUGGAGGACGCGUUCGGGGGGGAGGUGCUACAGGGACUCAAGCUCUUCGAUACGCGCACGGGCGAGAAGCGCACCCUGGCUGUGCAGGGUCUGUUCUACGGCAUUGGUCACACGCCCAACAGCAAGCUGGUGGCAGGGCAGGUUGAGCUGGAUGAGGCGGGUUACGUGAAAGUGACCCAUGGGGCGUCCACAUCGGUUCCCGGGGUCUUUGCAGCCGGUGAUCUCCACGAUACGGAGUGGCGGCAAGCGAUCACCGCGGCCGGCUCGGGCUGCAUGGCGGCGCUGGCGGCGGAGCGCUAUCUAACCGCCAACGGUCUGGCUCGGGAAUUCAAACAGGCGGAGGAGGCCGCCGCUGCAGCCACCAACAGCCACGGUGGCCAUGGCACCAACGGUAACGGUAACGGCAACGGAGCCGCCAAAUCCGCUGCGGCUACGACGCCUUCAGCGGAUACGGCGGAGACGUUUGACAUCAAUGUUGAUAAGCACAAGGGCCAGUAUGCGCUGAGGAAGCUGUACCACGAGUCAAAGCGGCUGAUUUGCGUGCUGUAUACGGCACCGACAUGCGGCCCUUGCCGUACACUCAAGCCGAUUUUCAACUCUGUGUUGGACGAGUACAAGGGCAAGGUGCAUUACGUUGAGAUUGACAUUGAGCAGGUGCGUUUUGCAUGCUCUGCCGCCGGAAGCGCAGCAGCGGCGAUACCGAGUAUGAUGCGGUCAUUAUUAGAUGUCGUCACUAUCCCCAGUCACGUUGUGGGGACUUUGUGUCCUGCAUGUCGGUUCGUGGCUGGUGCGUGGCUGCAUGGUGCUGGUGCUGAUACCGGUGGAGGGGCUGUAAAAGAGGGUGAUGGGGUGUCAGGUAAGCAAACCGGCGUAAGGCCCUCCAGGGCACGUGCGUUAGGUUACAUGUCGAAGCGCCAGCUUGUGGAACCCAAAGACCACUCGCUUCUAGGGCGGCUGCCAGACGCUGUGGGACCAGAGACUAUCGCGUUCACCUUUCUACUAGACAAGGAUUCAAAAAAUGCGGCCUUUCUGGAGCAGCAGCUAGAUGUGUUUGAGUCUCUGCUGCCCCGACUCCCCAUCAAUCUGGACCAGAUGCGUGCAUCGGACUGGGCCCGAGUAGUUGCGGAUCCCGACCUUGGGGCGAAGCUGGUCUUGAUCAAGGUGGGCUUCCCCGCUCUGAACGUUGAGGUGUUUCUGUCCAAGCACCCUCGGACGUUGCUCUGGAGCCGGGAGAAGCUGGAGGCCAAUAUCAGACAGGUCGCACCGGUGUUCGAUUCCCUGCCCCGUCCGGAGCUGGUGCUGGAGGUCCUGCCGGAGCUGUUGGACCCACGGCAGUGCUUCAGCGUGGUGGCCACCCUGAGGAAGUGGUACCCCAAGAAGGACCCACUGCAAGUGCUGCAGAUGGACCCAGAUGUGAUUCGGCGGGCAGAGGCUUGGGACGUGCCUCUGGAGCCGGUGUUUUUCGACUCGAGCACAAGCACCUGGACCGCUGCUGGGUAUAGCCGCAACAAGCAGGAAGACUGGCAGGUGUACAUCGAGCAGGAGAUUUACAAGCGGAAACCGCAACCGAUCGACAAGCAAGACGCGGUAGUGGUGGGCGGUAAAACUAACUUGGCGGCCGGCAGCACAACAUCUUUGCCAUACAGCGCUGAGGGAUCCUCCAGUUCGUCUGUCGUGGCGGCUGGUGAUGACGGGGGUCGGAACUGAUGCCUUGACGGCCUUGACGGCGGCGACGACGGCUAUAGCAGUGGCGGCAGCCAAAACUCGGAAGCUCGGCGUUAGCAAUACGCAAAUUGGACCGGAAUGAUUGAACCUUUUUAUGUUAUAAAAGAACGUAUCCUUAUAUGUUAUGUCUUUUACGUAACUUGCGGCUCUAAGGGAGCUCUUGGGCCCCUGCUAGCUCGUAUUGGUGGGCUCGUUACACCUCUCUCUGGGUAACUAUAACAACCGAGGUGUAACACACACACAUCGUU